GUUGUCAAUUGGAUUUUCAGGCAUAGCUUUGUUGGUAGCUUGUAAUGGCUCCAUCGCAGCCUAACAGUGGGCUGUUUGUUGGGUUGAACAAAGGGCAUGUUGUCACAAAAAGGGAAUUGGCUCCUCGCCCUUCUGCCAGAAAAGGGAAAACUAGCAAACGGGUGCAUUUUGUUCGGGGCAUCAUUAGGGAAGUUGCUGGGUUUGCUCCCUAUGAGAAGAGAAUUACUGAGCUCCUGAAAGUUGGAAAGGACAAGCGUGCACUGAAAUUGGCAAAGAGAAAGUUAGGUACCCACAAAAGAGCGAAGAAGAAGCGUGAGGAGAUGUCCAAUGUUCUUCGCAAGAUGAGAUCUGCCGGAGUGUCCGACAAGAAGAAGUGACGAAGCAUGGAUAACCUGAAAUUCCUUGGUUUUAUAUGGGAAAUCUUAAUCAAAAGUGACUCCAUAUGCUGAGAGAUUUAUGGAUCCCUGAUACAGUUUGAAUUGAGAUUUUGAUUAGCAGGUUUUGUUUAGAUUUUCAGAAUCUUCAUAUAUCAUUUUGGAUUUGGAUGUGAAUUUUCAGUUUAAGUCAGACUUCACUUGUGGUAUUAUGGUA